UUGAGGAGGCGGGGCAACUGUGUCCUGUACGAGGAAAUAGGUGUGGGAUAUAACAACAGCGGCUUCCAAUCAACAGUAGAGUUGUUAAAGGGCAUUUGUGUGUAAAAAUGAGUAAAACUGUGUUGCUCAUCGUUGUUUUGAGUUUAAGGAGUCCCGCUGUGGAAGCGCUGGACAACGGGCUGGCUCUGAAACCCACCAUGGGCUGGUUGCACUGGGAGAGGUUCAUGUGCAACACAGACUGUGACACAGACCCCGACAACUGCAUCAGUGAGCGUCUGUACAUGCAGAUGGCGGACGUGAUGGUGAAGGAGGGCUGGAAAGAGGCCGGUUAUGAGUAUGUUUGCAUCGAUGACUGUUGGCCGUCCCUCCAGCGUGACGCCCAAGGCCGCCUGCAGGCGGACCCUAAAAGGUUCCCAGGAGGCAUCAAGAAAUUGGCCGACUAUGUCCAUUCGAAAGGCCUGAAACUGGGUAUUUAUGCAGAUGUUGGAGAGAAAACCUGUGCUGGGUACCCUGGUAGUCAAGGUUAUUAUGAGACUGAUGCCCAGACAUUUGCAGACUGGGAUGUGGACCUGCUUAAAUUCGAUGGCUGUAACUUGAAGUGGACUUUGAUUGGAGAAGGAUACAUAAAAAUGUCAAAAGCCUUGAACAAAACUGGAAGAAGUAUCCUGUACUCCUGUGAGUGGCCUUUGUACGAGUGGCCUUUUCAAAAGCCAAACUACACCGCUAUCCGCGAGACCUGCAACCACUGGCGCAACUUCAAUGACGUGUUUGACUCGUGGAGUUCGGUCAAGACCAUCCUGGAGUGGACUGCGUCUCAUCAGGACAUUGUUGUCCCCUCUGCUGGGCCUGGUGGCUGGAAUGACCCUGAUAUGCUCGUAAUUGGGAACUUUGGCCUGAGUCAUGACCAGCAGGAGUCUCAGAUGGCUUUAUGGGCCAUCAUGGCCGCUCCUCUGCUCAUGUCUAAUGAUCUACGGGAUAUCUGUCCUCGUUCCAAGGAGCUGCUGCAGAACAGGCGAAUCAUAGACAUCAGCCAGGACCCGCUGGGCAAGCAGGGAUAUCGCACAUCCAAGGGGAACAGUUUUGAAGUGUGGGAGAGACCUCUGUCUAAAAACCGCCUGGCUGUUGCUGUGCUCAACCACCAGGAGAUCGGUGGUCCACGGAGGUUUGCCAUCAGUGACGUCCCGGGCUGGAAGUUCUGUGACCCCCAUUGCAACGUCACCCUGAUCCUGCCCCAGUACAAGGAGAUGGGUGUUCAGACUAAGGAGAGCAAACUUAUCUUAUAUGUUAACCCUUCAGGAACCGCACUGCUGAUGGUCACUCCGAUCAGCAAAGACAUAAAGAGGCUUCACUGGAAAUACACAUCUGUUUAACAAAAUCAAGUCAUCUCAGGUUCAGUCAGUUUUGCAAAAAUGUGUUUCUAGACUUUUGUUCUUCUGGUUUUAAAACAUUCCAGCCAUUUAAAUGCAAAGUAUUUAGCUUGAAAAGUACACAUACAGUAAUUUGAUCAUCUGUAUGUUUUAGAAAUGAAGGCUGACAGUUUCUGAUUCACCAGUCUGGGCAAUUUCCAGAUCCAGACUAACUUGGAUUAGUUCCAUUUUACUGCAACUCAUAUCAAAACUGCACCCUACAGUAAAACAGGUUAUUUGAACUGUUUAUUUGAUAUUAGCAACAAGUUUUCUAAAGACCAUAAAAAGCUUUGAAAUGACCCUUCACAUUUUUAAGGUCGGGGUACAAUUCCCUGCAGAUUCUUAACCAGCAACUUACAGAACCAAAGUAGUUACGGAUAAAAUAUUACUCUAGAUGUGACAAGUCUAAGAAUGUAUAUUUGAAUUAAAAAUUGACUUUUUUUUUCUAAUUCUGACAUUUCUUUAAAAAAAUAAAUGUAUUAUGCUCAAA